AUGGAAGGAAUGGCAUCAAUAACGUUGCUACCCGAUGGGUCAAUCUCAGUAAGGGAUAAAGAUUACGACCUCAUCAAGACCUCUAUACCUCUAUCAGACCAGAAAAGGAAAACUUGUCUAUAUGGAUUCCCCAGUGAACAAUGGGAGGUUAACCUACCAACAGAAGAGGUCCCUCCAGAGCUCCCUGAACAUGCAUUAGGUAUCAAUUUUGCAUGUGAUGGAAUGCCAGAAAAUGAUUGGUUGUCUCUGGCUGCUGUCCAUAGUGACGUAUGGCUACUUUUUGUCGUGUGUUAUUUUUGUGCAAGAUUUGGUUUUGACAAGUCAGACAGGGAUGAUUGUAUGGGAGAUGUAUCACUAAGGAAGACUGGAGUAGAAGAUAAGAGGGCUAAAGUGCAAAAGGAGUCAAAGAUUCUUCUUGAUUACACUCGGAAAGCCAUAGCAAGGCUAACUUAUUUGAAAAGAACACUUUCACAGCUGGAAGAUGAUGUGGCUCCUUGUGAGGCUUAA